AUGGCCAACAUCCUCAACGGCCUCUUUGGAGGUUCCAAGCCCUCUGCAUCUCCAAUCCCCAGCGGUGACUCUGAUUUCGCAGACUUCGCCGGCGCUCCUGACCCGUCGCCCACGCCCAGCUCCUUCACUGCUGCCCCCGGCGGCGCGAGCCUUGCUGGUGGUGCUCCCGCUGCCACAGCCCGUCCCUACACGAAAUGGUACAACAUCCACGAGCGCCACUCGCUUGACGAGUUCAAGCUUGAGGGUGCCAUCCUCGCCGUCAGCGCCGUCAUCUUCCUUCUGCACAUCAUCGGCUCGCGUCUGAACCGUAGCAAAGCCAAGGCUUGGGCUACUGCUCACGCGCCGGUCCUGAAGAGCGAAUUCGCGUCUGUCGGCUUCGAUCCGAACCCGACUGUCGACAGCGACCCCAAGAGCACCGAUGGUGUUCUGCGCGAGAAGUCCCUGUUCGAGUUCGCCAGCUACGGCACUGGACGCCAGAAUGUUGCCUUUAUGGACGUCAAGUUGAGCCUUACCAAGCGCUUCAACCCGGCCCUGAGCAUCGUCGAGACUGUUUCCAGCUUCUUCAUGGACUCUGUCGAGGCUCCUCACGACUCCCUGGAGGCUGUCAUCUACCCCUUUGACGGCAAGGAAUCUCUCACCGUUCCCUCUGUCCCUGGCACCCACGAACUGCGCAGCAAGGAUAACAAGAGCACGUACGACAACUUCGUCUGGGCCAUUGUCUCCAAGGACCGCAUGAAGCAGGUUCGCGAUGAUCGCUACGAUGUUUCCAUCACCUUCACCAAGGACCACAACAAGCUUCCCAACUGGGUUACCGUCAUGAGCGAGAGCGCCGAGAUCACUGAGCAGCUCCUGACCCCUGAGCUCGUCAAGGCCGUGGAGGCCGCCGGCGACGCGUUUGACUACCUCAUUGUGUCUGACCAGCCCAUUCAGAAGCCCACCACCCUGGAGGAGACCGUCCCCCGCAAGCGCGUCUUCUUGCGCUACCGCCUCCCCUCCAACAACAACUACGACUCUCUGGUGCCCCUCUUCGAGUACUUUGUCCGCAUCCCCGACGCUCUCGUGUCCGGUGCCCACUUCCGUCCCGAGGUCCUCCGCAAGGUCCGCAGCAUCCGCGACGAGAACAUUGCCCAGAUCAAGAAGGCUGCCGAGGCUGAGAAGGCCGAGGAGCGUGCCCUUGAGCGCGAGAAGCAGAAGAAGGCCAAGCGCGACGCCGAGCUCAGCGGUCUGGACGCCAAGGCUCAGAAGAAGUACCUCGAGAAGGAGCGUGAGCGCGAGCAGAAGAAGGCCCAGAAGAAGCAGACCAUGCGUGGUUGA